UGAUUGAAUAUGUUUUGUUUAUUGCAUGCAGGUUAUAAUGUAUAUUUGCUGAUAAUUACACCUAUAGCCAAGAAUAUAAUUAGAUGGGUCAUUUUAAUAGUUGGUUGCUGCUGCUUAUGAUCCUUCAUUCACAAUACUGCCUGUCAUUUAGUUGGUUUUUUUCUAAUAAAAAUGCUGCCGAUUCGAAAGUAGUUGUUUCUAAAUCCUCUAGGGAGCCUCUUCACAGAAAUAAGGGAUUGGAACUGCUGCGGAAUGCAAAGCAAAUGUCAGUUUCUUCGAAUUCGUGUUGGCAGAAUGCAUUUCAAAAUCUGUUAGCAGGGUGUUCUGAGAUACUUGCUGCUGAAGAAUAUCGGGCUAGGCUUGCUUGGCAUCUUAGUGACUGUUUUCAACAGGAUUCUGGGAGGUCUGCGUUUCCUCUUUGUGAUUGGGAUUCUUCCAUGAAGACUUGUCUUCAGAAAUUGGAUGUCGAUGCUCAUGAUAUUUAUCUUGAGUUUUAUGUGGAGACUAAUUCAAUCUGUCAUCAGAUACAAGCGGACACAUUCAAGCGACACAUGGAAAGAUUGAUUAAUGAACUGAAGAUGACAGCAGAAAAUGCAGAAAAUAAGAUUGAAGAUAUUCAAGAUCAAGCAGAACAUCUCAUAAGUAGUUCAAAGAAAAUUCAGGACUCCUUGGUGUCAAUUGAUUCUCAUUCUCAUCAACUAGCUCAAACAUCAAGAGAUGUUGAAGAUCAAGCUGGUAUUGUAUUAAAACAAAUGGAGGCCAUCCGUGAGCAGUCUUUAGGCAUGGCCUCUUUUCAAUUGGAAUUUCUAGAAAAGGAAAAGAGUAUGAAAGAGACUACGGUGGAAGGGAUGACACUACUUCGUAAUUCCUUUAAAAAUUUGGACCUUGAAGUAGAUAAGUUUGAACAUGAAGCUAUUGGAAUUGAGAAUGAGAUUGCCAAGAUGGAUGAUGAAGUGUUGUCGAAAAUGAAAUAUCUACAGAGCAAAGCUGAUAACAUUGGCAACAUAACAGCAGUUUCUAUAAAUGCACAGACGGAACUUCUAGAGGGACAAUCUAGUGCUCUCGAGGGUGUUCAACAAUUGUCAAAUUUUCUGACUCGAGCACUUGAAGAAAGCAGGGAAACUACAAAAAAGUUGUCUGAAAUUGGUCAUAAGCAACAGGAAGAGCUUUUUAAGCGGCAAGAACAUCUUAAACAAACUCAUGACCAUCUGAUACAGAACUCAAGGACUAUACUCGCAGCCCAGGAAGAUUUUGAAUCAAAGCAAUCAGCUAUGUUUAUAGCCAUAGACAAGCUCUUUGCUCUACACAAUGCCAUUCUUCUCGAGUCAAGUAUAAUCAAAUCUUUUCUAGCAUAUUCCAUCUCAAUCUUUAUCAUCUACAUGUUCACAAGUACUAGACAAACGUACUCUGUAAGGCCGAGGCUUUAUAUAGGGUUAUGUGCUGCAUUCCUGUUUGAGUGUUUUGUCCCUAAAUAUUUAACGAAUAACAUCGGACAGCAAAUGCGGAUCAUAAGUGUGGUCAGAUUAGUCUUUGUGAUGCUGGCGACUACUCAGCUUGUAUAUACCAUCUUUACGUUUAGGAAUUAUGAAGCACUCAACCACCAGAUUCUUUUAAAUUUAAUUGAUAAAGUUAAUGACUUUCAAAGAAAUAAAGAGCUGCCCUAUACUGAUAGAGGGAUGAUCAAUUGGUCAUUAUGGGUUGUGACUGAUUUACCAGAAGAUGAAGACAAAUCAGAGGAUCCAGAUUAUAUUCCUGAAGAAGCUGAAGAUUGCUAAUAACAGAUGUUAUAACAGAUGAAUCUUGAGAUUGCGACUCUUUGUAGUCUUUGUAUUUACCAUUUAAAGUCAAAUUCUUGUAGGUCCAUAUAAAGGCAGAUCAGCUUUGUUAGUUAGGUAAUUAGCUGUUGUUCAAAUUUGAACACCUAUAAAAAUCAUAUGAU